CUAUAUUCAAUGUACUCUAUGUGGGGAGCGGUCAGCGAACGCGGUGCCUGGUGUGUCUCGUUUGAGAUGAAACAGUCUCGCCGGUGCCCUAGUUGUUGUUGACCUUAUUUUUUGCCACCAAUUUUUAAACAGUGUUAAUGUUCAAGACUGCGAUGGCUGUCAGGAAAAACAUUUUGUACUUAUUCGACGUCGACGGCACGCUGACGAAACCGAGACAAGUCAUUACGGAUGAGUUGAAAACGUUUCUGCUCGACAAGGUGAAGCCCAACGUCAGCGUAGGUCUCGUCAGCGGCUCCGACUACAGUAAAAUCGUGGAACAAAUGGGCGGAACGCGAGUCACCGAUCAGUUCGACUAUGUUUUCUGCGAAAAUGGCGUGAUGCAAUACCGGCAGGGCGAGCUGAAAAGUACGCAGAGCAUUUUGCAGCACGCAGGAGAGGAGACCAUACAGAGGAUCAUCAACUUUGCCCUCGGAUAUAUGUCCAAGUUGCAAUUGCCGGCCAAAAGAGGAAAUUUUGUUGAGUUCCGUUCGAGCAUGAUCAAUCUCUGCCCUGUGGGGCGCUCCUGCAAUCAAGCCGAACGAGAUGAGUUUUCCCAGUUUGAUAUGGAAAACAAUGUCAGAGCAAAAUUUGUUGAAGCCUUAAAUGAAGAAUUUGCAGGUUGUAACUUUACAUUUGCACUUGGCGGGCAGAUCAGUGUGGAUGUCUUUCCCACAGGAUGGGACAAAACGUACUGCCUCAGACAUGUCACCGAGGAGGGCUUCCAGGAGAUUCACUUCUUCGGAGACAAGACUAUGCCGGGUGGGAACGACCAUGAGAUCUACAGUGAUCCUCGUACAAUUGGCCACAAGGUUGCAUCACCUGAGGACACACACAGACAGUUGAAACAGUGCCUCUGUGUUGACUGAUAUUAAUAUUUUGUAAUUGUUGUGUGCCUCCAUUAGUCAUACAAUAUCUAUUUUUAAUAUUGGUUGUACAUAAAUUGUUUGAUUUGCAAACAUUUAGCUUUAUACAUGUUGUUUUAAAAGUUAAAAUAUAAAUAUGGUGUUCACCCUUGGUGAGUGAGGAUGGGUAUGUUGUACCCUGUUGUACCCCACUGUUUGUAAAAUACUAAAUAUUUCUAAACUGUGUUACUAAAAACUUACCUAUUUAAAUUAGUUUAAGAAUGACAAUGGUAUAAGUUAUGUUGAAGCUAAAUUAUGUAAGACAAAUUUAUUUAUUUAAUUUUGUGUUCCUAAUGGGGAUGAUGACUAGGUUUGAAUAUAUUGAUUUUUAUGAUACAUUCGGGUAAAUAGGGUCAAUGUUAACUAAUUUAUACAUAAAAAGCAAAGAUUGUCUGGAUAUUUGCAAAAUAAAUGAGAUUAUAAAAUUUCAAAAACUAUUAAAAAUAUUUUAUCGUAAUUAGAUGAAAAUUCAUACAGUUUUAGCUUUCUUACGUUAAAUGUGACAUUUUUUAAUAUAUGAACUAUAAGCAUAAACGCACAAAUAACAAAGAUAUUAGUAAUUUUGUUUGAACGCGCAUACAAAUCUAACGAUAAUUACAUUGCCUAUGACGUCAUUAUUUCGAGCCAUUUUGUAUGGGGCGUUUUUCAGGGAUCCGCGGCAGCGCCGCAAAUCUGACUUUAAAUCCCUGUAGCUCCGAAAGUAAUGAUCGCAGAUACCCUGUUACUUUUACAAAAUUGCUUUACUGUCAGUAUACUAUUAAUUUAUAUACAAUAUAAAAAAAUUGUCAUCAUCCCUAUUGAUUUAAGAAAAAAUUAUAUUUAUCAAGUCAAUAUUUCUACAUAUUGUUGAGUUGUGUGUGAAAAAUAUUACUUUGCUUAUUAUAGAAAAAUAAAAUAAAUACUAUAAAUAGAAAUUUAUACAUAACUGGAACUGGGUGGCUAAUUAGAUAGAAAAUAAAAUUACCUGGUUAUAUUAUUUAAUAGAAAACAAGUGUGCUUUUUAAUUACAUAAAGGUAAUUUUAAAAUAUGUGUAUUUCUUUGAAAAAUCAUUUUAAUAUUAAAACAAAAAAUAUUUUUUGAAAACAUUUAUUUAUUUAUUCUUAUUAUGUAUAAAGUAUAUAACAACAAUGUUGAUGGCUUACAAUAUUACACAUUCUGUUUAUCUUAUAUUGCAGCAAUAUCCAACUAUAGAAAUUAUAAAAUAUAAUAAAGGGUAUACUCUUGUUUUGUAAAUACAAAAAUAUUGUGUAAUUAUUCCACACUUACCCUGUACAAUACAAUUAAAUAACAAUAUAAAAUUACAAAACAUUUAUUAUUGUCAUUACAUGAUCUAAUAAAUAUGCAAUAACAACAGUAUAUAGCAGAAAGGUCUUUUAAUUGACUGGAGAUAGCUAAGAUGUACUAUGUACCCUUGUACAUACUCACAGUACAGAGUUCAAUGUUACACCUUUGUAAGAUUGAGCUCUGUACUGUGAGUUGAUACUAUCCCAUAGCAGUGGUCCGGUGCGUGCAGCAGUACUACACGAGCAGUAGUUGUAGCACUACACAACAACCCAAACAAUAAACGCAUCAGUGUCCUUUG